GGACCAUGGAAGAGAAGCUCCAGGCGCAUCAGGUGGAGAUCGACCCGGAUUUCGAGCCGCAGAGCCGGCCCCGGUCCUGCACUUGGCCUCUCCCGCACCCCGACUUCGCUGCGGAGGAGGACGAUGGGGCCGCGGCCCCGGGGGGACCCCCGGCGCGGGGGGCCGGUGGAGCGGAGGGGACCGAGAACGCGGCGGCCCCGGCGGAGCGCAGAGCCGCCGCCGCCGCCCCCCUGCCGCCUCCCGGCGCGGACGUGGGGCAGCUCCGCAAGGCCAAGACCUCCCGGAGGAACGCUUGGGGCAACCUCUCCUACGCCGACCUCAUCACCAAAGCCAUCGAGAGCUCGCCCGAGAAGCGCCUCACGCUCUCGCAGAUCUACGACUGGAUGGUGCGAUACGUCCCCUACUUUAAGGAUAAAGGAGACAGCAACAGCUCCGCCGGAUGGAAGAACUCCAUCCGGCACAACCUGUCCCUGCACACCCGCUUCAUCCGCGUGCAGAACGAGGGCACGGGCAAGAGCUCCUGGUGGAUGCUGAACCCCGAAGGUGGUAAGACAGGGAAGACACCGCGGCGGAGAGCGGUCUCCAUGGACAACAACAGCAAGUUCCUGCGCAUCAAGGGCAAGGCCAGCAAGAAGAAGCAGCUGCAGGUGACGCAGGAGCGCGGGGAGGACAGUCCUUCAUCCCAGCAAGCCAAGUGGUCCGAGAGCCCCGCAUCCCAUGCCAGUGAUGAGUACGAUGCCUGGGCGGACUUCAGGACACGGGCCAACUCCACGGCCAGCACGCUGAGCGGGCGCCUGUCGCCCAUCAUGUCCAACCACGAGCCGGAUGAGCUGGAGGAGGAGGAUGGAACCCCUUCCUCUCCGCUGAUGUACCCCAGCCCCUCCAGCACCAUGUCUCCAUCCCUCAACACCCGCUGCUCCGUGGAGCUGCCCCGGCUGACCGACCUGACCGGCACCAUCAGCCUCAAUGAGAGCCUGGGGGAGAGCAUGCUGGAGGACCUGCAGGAUGGAUACACCAUGAGCCCCUCGCAGCAGCUCCCCCCGGCCGCCCUGCGGCAGCGGAGCUCCAGCUUCACCUUCAACUCCAAGUGCUCCACCAUGGGUGCUGCCACCAACACCUACUGCGGGACCAUCUACAGCCAGCCGGCCAUGAGCCUCAUGCGGCGCCUGCCCAUGCAGACCAUCCAGGAGAACAAACAAGCCACCUUCUCUCCCAUCAGCUCCUACAGGAACACCUCACUGCAGGACCUGCUCUCCUCCAUCUCCUACGCGCACAAGGAGAGCAUGGUUCCGGGGGACCUGCCCCUGCCCCAGGCCAGCCCCAUGGUGCCGGCCCGUGGCCACAGACACAACCCGCUGCUGUGCGGGAGCGGGGAGCAGGGUUUGUCCUCGUACCCGUCCCACUCGGGCUCUCUCAUGAAGAGCAAUGCUUUGUACCACCCGUCAGCAGCCGCUCACCACCCUGCGGUCAACACCAGUGCCUUAGCUAAUCCUGUCAGCCUUAUGAGCCCGCCCAGUGACACGUGCAGCGUGACGGCCAUGCCGCACCACGGGCAUCUGCAUUCCUACGCUAAUAACCAAGGGGCACACAUGAGCUUGCUGGAUUCGCUGCAGGGCCCCUACCCGGGGGCCGUCCAUCCCCCUGUGUUGGGCCAAGACAGGUUCCCAGCAGACCUGGACCUGGACAUGUUCAACGGGAGCCUGGAGUGCGACGUGGAGUCCAUCAUCCUGAAUGACUUUAUGGACAGUGAUGAGAUGGACUUUAACUUUGACUCGGCUCUGCCACCGCAGAACGGGCUCAAUGUGCCCACGCUGCCCGGGGGCCCGCAGCCCACGAACCAGAGCUGGGUGCCCGGGUGAUGCUCACCCCAGGGUGGGGGGCUCGCCACCGAGAAGCCACGAGGGGAACCUUGAGACUAACUUCAUUUGGGUUUUCUUUUCCUUUUCUCUUCUGCCUUUGUUUGUUAAGAUGGGCUUAGAGCCGUCGGUCUGAGCUUGAGGUCGAACACGAAACACAAACCCUAGGGUCCAAUAUUGAACCCCCAGCCCAAAAAUGUGCCCAAUCUGCUGGGUCCUCCUGUGAGCAUCCUCUGGGGGAUGCAGGGGCAGGCAGCAGGAGAGGCAGCCGGAGUCAGGUGGGUCCAGGGAAGGGGAAGCAGGAAGGGAAAACCUUUCCAGACAGUCCCAGUGCCCCACUGGGAUGGUGCCAGUUUGGUUUGUGCUUGGGCUGGGUGAUGGAGCGGUGAUGGGUGGCAUGGGAAACCCCCCUUUGGAAAGGGACCCUUUGCUCUGAGCCCCCUUGGGAAACGAGUCCCCUGAGUACCAGUGUCAGGAGCAGGGACCCUGCCCCACGGCAUGGGGGUCUCCUCACCCCUAGAUCCCAGUGGAGAUCGGAGCUCUACCAAGCCCCAUGCCCAGGCCACCUCAAUGGCUCCAAGCAGGGAGGAAGGGGCUGGUGAUGGAGGGCAGGGUGGUCCUGCUGGAGUGAUGUGCUGCUGGGCUGGAUCCCCUGUGCUGGGGCUCGGGGGGGAGCCGCAGGGUCGGGGAGGGGGGUGUAUUUAUUUGAUUUCAUGCACUCUUUUGCCAUUGAGCUUUUGCAUUGGAAGGAAGAAAGGGAGAGGAGGACAGAGGCCGUGGGCAGCACCCAUGGCUGUGCCCCAUGGCACACCUCGUCUUGGCUUGGCCAUGGCUUUGGGUGAUGGGGUGGAAGAGGGAUGCAGUGGCCAGGCCUGCGGUGACUCACACUGCUCAGGGAGGUGGCACAGGGCUCCUGGGGACCAAUCCCGGUGUCAGGAAUGACUCCAGACAGCAUCCAUCAUUCCUGCCCAUCCCUGGGAUGCCAGGAGAGCUGCUGGGGGGGGAUGACAGCAAGAAGGGGUCAGCCCUGCACCAUGGGGACAGGGAGCACCUGGGAGCACAGGACACGUGGUCCUGUGGUGUGUCAGGAGCCCAAAACAGCCCCACUGCUCCGCGGGCUGGUAAGAGGAGAUGGAAGGGUGGGAGAUGAAGCUGUGGGAGCUGCUGCUCGGCCCCAUGGGGCUCUCUGCACAGCAUGGGCUGUCUCUAGCCCCUGCUGCAAGGGUCACUCCACUGAACCAGCACAUUGUCCAGCUCAUCCCCUCUCCCUGUCCCUCCUCUACCAUGGGGCAGGCGCUGGGUCCCACUGAGCCAUAGGGGAAGCACAGCUCAGAGUGGGGCAAGGUGGGACCCAUGGGUGGGCACCUCCUGCUCCUCUCCUAACCUAUGGGUGCGAGAGAGGAGCCCCAUGUGCCAGCGCUCGCCUUCGCCCUGGGCAGAGUCUCUAAAGAUAAGAUGCUCUUACAAGUUAAUUCAUUAUGUUUACAUUCUUUGAUCAUGUACAGAAUUUAAUAUAUUCUAUUAUAUAUAA